AGACAAAGGGAGAGCGAGCGAGAAAGGGAGCAGAGGGAGGGAUAGAUAGAGACAAACAAGGGAAGCUGACAAAAAAAGAUUCAAAGCUUUCCCUGCCCCCUCGUCCAUAUCUGGGGAACAAGGGAAUACGGCAACAGAUAAAAGCCAGGGAGAGAGGGACCUAGAGAGAGAGAGACUGUUGAAUGAACUUGGCCAUUAUAUUCUAGGGAGAUACAAACAUUUCUUUAUAUCAGACARUCAGAAAGAGAAGAAGAAGAAACUGAGGAGAACAGAAGAUGAGGGAGAUUCUUUCUUCAAAAUCGUUCCAUUCUUUUUUUAGAGGAAGAAAAGAGAAAGCAUAAGGGGGAGUUUUGGAGAGAGAGAAGCAAAAGAGGAGGGGGGGGACGAGAGAAAUAAUGAAUUAACUUCGACUUCAAGGGCUGUGGAGAUGUUUUUCCUUUCUUGAGAAAAAUAAUCGUACCAAAAUAACAAAAAACGUCUUAAUAACAUCUGACAUUGUUGAUUCUCUAAAUGUAGUUUUUUCACCCUGCAAGUGAGCACUGGAAAGCAUAUGCGUGAAGAAAUCUCAUGACGCGACUGAGAUGGAUAGAGAAAGGCAAGACAGAAAAUUCUGACAUGGUGUCAACCCAUAUUGACAGAGACAAAGUGUGGAGAGGAAGAAGUGGGAUAUUCAGUGACAGACGCAUCUACCCCCAGACACAGAUGUUUAAUAACAGUUACAUUGUUCUUGAAAUAUGUGCCAUCUUCAGUGGCAAAGUGGACAUUAUAAAAGGGAGUGGGGACAGACACGUUAAGUGCACAAAAAUCCCUGUCUGUCAGAAUCAGAGGAGGCUGGGACCAGAGGAGAGAGCAUUGCUCAACUGUAGCUGUUCUCCCUGAACAAAUGUGCCUGUCGACCGCUUUACAAAGUCUAUGUGUGAAAAGCCUUUGCACAGACACAUGAAAAGGGAAGAGGAACUCAAGAAGAAGGACCAACUGUGUAACCUAGAUAAGCUGAAAUAGAAAGACCACAGCAGACUGGAGAGCGGAGUAGGAUUUMUUUCUUCCAGAACUUCUGCUCCUCACUUGGACAAUAAGGGCUCUCAAUACAACUUUAGAGGGCGGGCAGUCAGAGAGUCAGGGGUAGGGAGAGAGGAAGAACAGACAAUAACCUCCUGAGAGAAAGGAGGGAUAGUGCGCAAUAGAGAGAGGAGGGGAAAGUUCCCCCUCUCUCGACCCAUCUCAUCGUCAGGCUGGCUGGUGCAGCCACGGCGUUCACCUUCGCGGCCUUCUGCUACAUGCUCACCUUAGUGCUGUGUGCUGCACUCAUCUUCUUCGUCAUCUGGCAGAUUAUUGCGUUUGACGAGCUGCGCACAGACUUCAAGAACCCAAUCGAUCAGAGCAACCCUACCAGAGCGAGGGAAAGAAUUCUGAAUAUUGAAAGAAUCUGCAACUUGCUGAGGAAGCUGGUGGUGCCAGAAUACUCCAUCCAUGGGCUGUUCUGCCUGAUGUUCAUGUGUGCUGGAGAGUGGGUCACCCUGGGCCUAAACAUCCCCCUGCUCUUCUACCAUCUUUGGAGGUUUUUCCAUCGGCCAGCAGAUGGGUCAGAGGUCAUGUAUGAUCCUGUCAGUGUGAUGAAUGCUGACAUCCUGAACUACUGUCAGAAGGAGUCUUGGUGUAAGCUGGGCUUCUACCUGCUCUCCUUCUUCUACUACCUGUACAGUAUGGUCUAUGCCUUGGUGAGUUUCUAAAACACAGAAUAGAAGACCAAGAGGAGAUUGAAAGACAGAAAAAGAGAACGAGCAGGACCAAGACCGGGUGAUGUCACUCACCCCUCUUUCUCACCACCCAUUACGCCAUCAUCACAGACCAUGAUUUGCUCUCCUCAAAUCUUUGGAUGGAGGGACGAACCUUGGAGGACAUUGUGAGGAAAUAAGGCAAAGAGACGUUGUUGAGCUCAAGACUGCAAUCCAUCUAGAAGAGGAGCAGACAUGGAAGAGCCACAAAGGAGGAGGAAUGAAAUAAAGAAGGGAAAGCGAGAACACAUCUCAACUAGUAUACGUGUUGCCUUGAUCUGACCACAUCACUUCUUAGGGCCUGCAGGUCRCCUCUGCUAUUCUUAGUGAUAGUCACUCAACUGUGAAUUUAUAAACUUUGUGUUGCCUAAAUCCUAACGUAGAUGUUGCAGAUUCAUAUCCUUCCAUUCCAAUAAACCAUUUUAGAAAAGAAAAUACAAAAUGCACAAAACGUAUUUAGUUCUUCUACCGAUUUGGUAUUUCGAUAAUUCAGUAGUUGUGGUAGAUCAUUUUCUGAGGAUAGGAAAWGUUGUUUCAUCAGAUAAAUACACCAUUCACUGCUACUAUUUCAAACCAGAGUGAUAGUAAUUGUGUUAUUCACAAAUAUAAAAUGUAUGAACUCAUAAAUUACAUGCGAUGGGCAUAAGCUUCUGUAAAGGAUCGUGGACACCCUGGAGCAGUGUUUGAGUCUAGGUCCAUCCCAGUCAAGGCACUAUCUYCCAGACCCCAGUCCCCACCCAGGGAAAACAGGCAUUCCAACACAUAAUUAUUCAGGAUUGAAGGGGAUGUUUUGGCUUUGGGUGACUUGGUACUUGGGUGUUUAAGUAUUCUGUGUUUGUCUGUUUUGUUCUAGGCAGGAAGGGCUGAUUUCACCUAGACUUUCCAAAGAGCUCUGCGCUCCAUGAUUCUAGAUCAUGGAAACCUCAUUCAAGAAAAGCCAUUUUAAAUUCACAACAACAGCAAUGUGCUCAUAGCCUAGGAGAGAUGACUGUACAUGGGAUCGUAUUUCCUCUGUGGAAUAAUACUGUGUGACACAAGUAGCAGACAAGGCUGCUGAAGAUGACGUUGAUAGAUCGGUUUGCUGUGAUGACUAUGUCAAGCGCAGUAAACCGUCUCACAUAGAACACUAUGGUUGGACUUACAUAACUGUUCUCACUCAAGUGUUASAGUGAAUGUUGGCAGACACUUGACUCUUGGUUCAUUUCAAAGCCGUGACUUAGCUGGUGCUGCCCUCAUCAUCAUGUAACCAUAGCUCUGUGUGUAGCUCAUUGAUAAUGAUCACACUGUGUGAUUUUAAAAUCAUUAGAGAAAUGGGUAAUACUGGAACUUGAAAAAUACUGUGUGAUCAUGUGUUAACCAUAAACUGACCAUAAUUGUAGUAAUUAAUUGUUUACAACAAGUCCGAUAGGUUUCAUGUUGGCAUCUGAAAACAGCGCCCUGCAUUAUAGUGGAGCCACUCACAUUUGAGUAAUGUGUCAAUGUUGUUCAGCUAGGUUUCUUGUGCCAAGACAUACAGUGUGUUCUGUUCAUCAUGACAGUUCCCUCCAAAACAGGACUUCAACCCUGACAACAAUGUGAGUAAAUCACAGACAAUCGCUAAAGCACAAAACGGGGGGUCACAAAGGAGAGGAAAUAUAGCUAGGUUGACCAUUAAUGAAUGUCAUAAUGCAAUUUAUCAGAAUGAAUGAAUUAAUAUACAGUAUAUUGAAGAAUAACUAUUUGAUACUGUCUUUUACACAUCUCUCAUCACUGUAUGCUAUAUUUGUUGGUGUGCUAGUUUGUAUUCAUUAUAAUACAAUAUGAUAUACAGUACACAAACAGCAAUUCACAUAUUCUAAUAAAAUAGCAAUGUGUUGCAAUA